GGUGCCCUACCAGCUAGGGGUAGCCAGCCUACCUACCUACUAUGCUGGAACUAGUUCGUCCUCAUGCUUCUCUGGAACCAUCAAUUGACCAAAUACUUCUCAAAACGAGGUAAGAAUGGCGACUGACAAGUCGAAUGCAAUGCAGUCUCUGUACGAAUACAUAUCAGACGUCUUUGACGGCGAAAUACUGCAACCCAGAGAUGGCACAACUCUUUAGUCAACGCUCUCGCCACUUACAAUGGCGCAGGCUCUGGUUGCUACUCGUCGGUCUGAGAAAGAGCUUGGCUAUCACCACGGACGCCCUCGAGCAGAUGAAGCAGCAUCUCGAAGUUACAGACCAAGACUUCGAGACUGCUAGAGCUGAGGAGUUGAUUCGCCGUCACGACGUCAUGGCUCAUGUCCAUGCCUUCGGAGCUGUUGCACCAGCUGCUGCUAGUAUUAUGCAUUACGGGAUAAGAUAAAUAAUCCAAUACUCAGUCACCUUGAUUAGGCAACAAGCUGCUUCAAAACUGAUAAUACUAAACUCAUUCUCAUGCGUAACGCCCUGGACCUUCUCCUUCCAGGACUACCUAGCCAAGGUUAUCUCAAAUCUAUGCAAGCAACAACCACUCUUGCAUACACGCAUCUGCAGCCAGGU